UUAAAUUUUUCGCGCUGUGUUAUGUUUAUAGCAAAAGGCCAUAACAAAUAUUUAAGCUAUAAACUUACCAUAAAAGCAAAUCCUGCAAAAUGACGACCAGCGUGAGCGAAGUGGGCAACUCAGAUAGCCCAACAACAACCUCAACCACAAGUGCAACCACAACUGCAGCUACAGCUGCCACACGACCCACAACGAUACCCAUUAAUGUGCCCGUGGUGGGGUCGACCGGUGAGGCACAUACUCCCUCCCCCAAUGGCAACCAUAGAAGCACCAUUGUGAUUGAAAGUCAACCCAAACGUAGGGUCAGCAUUGUCUCGGAGGAACCAGUGUUAGGAUACGAUAAUCCCGCCUUUGAUCAGAAUCAUGCGCGUAAAAUAUCCCAAAGCUCAGCACAUUCUCCGUUAGAAAUCGGACCUCCUGGGCGCAGGAGAAGCAUCCUUAAGGACACUUUGGCUCAUGAUAAUGAAAGCGAUCGUGUUUCGACACAUAGUUACGAGAACUAUAGACAGAGUGCGCUGGACGUGCUCAAUGCCAAGUAUAAUAGCCUUCAAGGCGUGCAGGAAUCACAGGACAGUAAUGCCAAUUAUGUGGAGCAAUCGUGGAUCUAUAAUUUCUGUCUGAAAUGUCGCGGCGAUGAGCCUUCGGAGUCCUGGGAGCCACCUUUCUGGCAAAAGGUCUUUCCGUUUCCCCUGUGUCCUACUUUCCGGACCUUUUCCCGUUUGGUUGCCCUUACAGCAAUUGGUGCUCUACUAUGGAUUGUAUCCUUUGUGAUAAUUGGAAACUCUGCUGCCCCUGGUGGGCAACUCUUUAAUCUAGUGGUGCUAACAGUGGCUGCCAAUUUCGGUGGUUAUCUGAUGUCGCUGACCACGUUGCCACGCCUCAUUGGCAUGCUCCUGGUGGGCUUAUUAUUUCAGACGGUUGGCUGGGUGAAUCUCGAUGGCGACUUCUCUAUAGUGACCGCACAUUUGCGAAAAUUUGCGCUCACUGUAAUCCUAACUCGAGCUGGCCUCGAAAUGGAGCCGGAAGCCUUCAAGAAGGUGUACAAGACCAUCCUCAAACUGGGCAUUGUGCCCUGGACUGUGGAGUUUGGUGUGAUGGCUGUGAUGUCGCAUUAUCUGCUUGGUCUGCCCUGGAUCUGGGGUUGUCUACUCGGCUCCAUUAUGGCGGCCAUUGCUCCAGCUGUCGUUGUACCUUGCCUGUUCCGGCUACGCACCAAGGGAUACGGUGUGGCCAAGGGGAUUCCCACUCUGGUAGUGGCUGUCUCGGGUGUCGAUGAUGCCAUCUCGGUGGCUAUUUUCGGCAUCAUCAGCACAAUUAUGUUCUCCGACAAGGGACAGCUCUAUUUGAUUUCCCAGGUGCCUGUCUGCAUCAUUGGAGGUCUGGGUUUCGGCAUCAUCUGGGGAUUGUUGGCGCGCAUCUUUCCCGAGAAGGGAGAUGCUUAUGUGGUGCCGCUGCGAACCAUGUUGCUCUUUGUGGGCAACCUGGUGGCCAUCUAUGGCAGUGAUAAGCUGGGCUACGAGGGCGCUGGCCCUUUGGCUGUCGUCUUCUCAUCUUUCAUUUCCAACUAUUUCUGGUGCAAGGAUGGCUGGACGAUCGAUGACAAUCCGGUGGCCACUGGCUUCGAGAUCUUCUGGAUGAUCUUCGAGCCGAUUCUCUUUGGUCUGACUGGCGCCACGAUCAAGAUACGUGAAAUCGAUUCCAGUUUGAUAUACACUGGCGCUCUCUGCAUCUUCACGGGCGUCAUUAUACGAAUCCUGGUCACAGCUGGCAUUGCUUUUGGCGAUCGUCUCAAUGUCAAGGAGAAGUUCUUUGUGGGUCUCUCCUGGAUGGCCAAGGCGACGGUACAGGCUGCCCUCGGACCUGUGGCCCUCAGGCAUUUGGGUCCUAAUGCCUCAGACGAUGAGCGGAAGUGGGCCAAGAUUGUCCAGACCAUUUGCAUAUUCAGCAUCAUCUUGACAGCUCCAUUGGGUGCCAUUCUGAUAUCCGUUACAGGCACCAGGAUGCUGACCAAGACGAAGCAACCACAAAUCUUAACUGGAUGGCGUCGUAGUCAUCGUCCUUCCAUACGCGACAUUAGCAUCAUCGAUGAGGAGGAGGAACGCGAGGAUCCUGAGAUACCCAAGGACAAAGAGACGCAGGAUAAUACCAAGAGCAAUGUUCAAAUACCAAGCUACUCCUAUACCUACAACAAGUAGGAAAACAAUCAACAUUUGCUGAAUUCAAUCGAAUUGUUUAAUACCUUAAUAAUUGUAAAUUAAUAAAUUUUGGAGAUUUGCCCUUCUAGACAUGAUUAA